AUGAAUGGACAAAAAUGGACAUACACCCCUGUAUGCUUAAAACAAUCUGGUGAAAAGCAGCUGAAUAAUCAUAUGGGUGUUUCAAGAGCCAUGUCAUCUUCUAAUCCAGUUAUCCCUGGUUUUGAAGGAAAAUACAAAAAAAUAUCCGAUUCCAUUACAGACACAAACACUUUAUUCCCUGAUCAAAACCAAAUGGUGGUUUCAUCUGACCCAAUCUCAUCAUUCCAAACGUCCAAUUUCGUAAAUUCACAAUCAAUGUCAUUAAUCGGUUACACCGGUCAAACCGAUGAUAUCUCAUGGACUGCAGAAUCACUUAAAGAUCUCAUUGACUUCCCGGAAAAUGUCGCCGGAAAUAAUAUCGCCGGAAGUUCUUUGAUUCCGGCCGGCGACCAUGGUGGUGGUAGGGGAACCGAUUGGCAGAAUUGGGCUGACCAAUUAAUGAGUGUUGAUGACACAAUUGACCCAAAUUGGAGUGACAUCAUGGCUGAUGUGGAUGUCCCAACCCUAGAUACAACAAAGCAAAUGCAAAUAAUCCCUAGGCCUCAAGUGCCAAGUAUAGAAGUGUGUCCUGUGAGUAGUCCAUCAUCUAAUGGAGCUUCUUCUUCAAUUAAACCUCGCAUGCGUUGGACUCCAGAACUCCAUGAAUCCUUUGUUGAAGCAGUUAAUCAGCUUGGUGGUAGUGAAAGAGCUACACCAAAAGGAGUUUUGAAGCUCAUGAAUAUUGAAAGUUUGACUAUUUAUCAUGUGAAAAGCCAUCUGCAGAAAUAUAGAACAGCAAGGUACAAGCCAGAGUUAUCUGAAGGAACAUCAGACAAGAAGGCUACUUCUAUUGAUGAAAUGGUAGCUAUGGAUAUUAAAACCAAGAGUUUAGGAUUCACUGAUGCAUUAAAACUACAGAUGGAAGUUCAAAAGCAACUACAUGAACAGCUCGAGAUCCAAAGAAACUUACAGUUACGAAUAGAAGAACAAGGAAAGUACCUUCAAUUGAUGUUUGAGCAACAAAGAAAGAUGGAGAACGGAAGGUUAAAGCCAUCAUCAUCUAAUCAAGAUGAAGAAGACGCCUCUGCAACUGAAAAACAAAAAGCUUCAAAAAAUGAUGAUCGAAGUGAGAAGUCAAAGGAAAAGUCAAACUCGCAAAUAGAAGUACCUGAAGUUAACAAAUCCAAUAUCGAGAGUGGAUGUAGUCCACGUCCAUCAAAGCGUGCAAGACCUGAUGAGGCAUCCAUGGCUUGAUUUGUGUGGAUUAAUUUUGAAUCUUAUUUGUCUUCUUCCCCGUUUCUCUUCCUGUUGCUGAAAAUUGUUUAAGAUUUUAGGGCUUCUGCGCUUGGAGAUUGAUUCUGUAGGUUUUUUUUUCUUACUUUUUCAUCAUAAUGUUUAGUAGAAAUAAUUUAAAUCGGUAAUAAACGUGUUUGUGUCUAGGAAAAUUGUUUUGGGUUUUCCUUUGCAUUUGUAAUGCAUUAUGUCAAAUUGGUUACUUUUCAACUUUAAGUUGUAAGGCCUAGUUGGCUAGUUUCUAUUAAGAGACAUGAACAUUAUCUGGUCGAUCAAAUGCUUUACAAGAG